AUCCUCUUUUUGACUUUCUUAGUCCUUUCCCCCCUUCUUAAAACGCACGAAGCCCCCUAUAUCCCUUGGUCAGGGCCCCUUUCAGCGCAUCCAUCAUCCCAGAAUGUCUACAACUACAUCCGUGGCCUCGGCCCCUAAGCUCGAGAAGAAGCCCGUCAAGUUCAGCAACUUGCUACUGGGCGCAGGAUUGAAUUUGUUCGAGGUUACAUCAUUGGGACAGCCGCUGGAGGUGAUCAAGACAACCAUGGCCGCAAACCGGGGCGAUAGCUUCGUGGGCGCUAUGGGUCGGAUUUGGGGCCGUGGCGGCAUUUUCGGUUACUACCAGGGACUCAUUCCGUGGGCCUGGAUUGAGGCAUCCACCAAGGGUGCGGUUCUCCUCUUCGUCGCCUCCGAGGCCGAAUACUACGCCCGUACCUUCGGUGCCAAUGACUUUGUCGCCGGUAUCAGCGGUGGUAUGGCUGGCGGUGUCGCUCAGGCCUACGCUACCAUGGGCUUCUGCACCUGCAUGAAGACUGUCGAGAUUACCAAGCACAAGAUGGCCGCCGACGGUGUGAAGCCCCCUGGCACCUUCGCGACCUUCAUGGAUAUCUACCGCAAGGAGGGUAUCCGCGGUAUCAACCGUGGUGUCAAUGCCGUCGCCAUUCGCCAGACUACCAACUGGGGUUCCCGUUUCGGUCUGUCCCGUCUCGCUGAGUCGGCUAUCCGUAAGGUUGCCAACAAGGAGGAAGGCGCUAAGCUGUCCGCUGCGGAAAAGAUCUUGGCUUCCAGUCUCGGUGGUGGUCUGUCCGCCUGGAACCAGCCCAUUGAGGUUAUCCGUGUCGAGAUGCAGAGCAAGACCCCUGACCCUAACCGCCCCAAGAACUUGACCGUCGGCAAGACUUUCAAGUACAUCUACGACAGCAACGGCAUCCGUGGUCUCUACCGUGGUGUGGCUCCUCGUGUCGGUCUGGGCAUCUGGCAGACCGUCUGUAUGGUUGCUCUUGGUGACAUGGCCAAAGAAGCAGUCGAAAAACUGACCGGCGACAGUGUCACCGCGAAGCAUUAGAGAAGGUUUGAGAUACCCUUCUGCCGUGCAGUGGUUUUCGGAAUGGAAGUUUUUUUUUUUUGGUUUUUAGUCUAGAUGCAUUUUCU